CCCAAGAUCCUUUCUGAGCCAGAUUAGGCGGGUGAACCAAGGUCUGCUUGAGGAUCAGCUUGAGGACCUGCUCUCACCUUCAAAGAAAAAUAUCCAAUCACUGUUGUCAUGUUAGUGCUCAAGCACUUGCACACAUAACGGCGGAGGAAUCUCUCUGGACCUGUGACCACGGGAGAUGACUGUACGUCGGUGGUCUGGCCACCUGUGGAGACACCGUGGGACGUUUCUUCUUGUUACCUUGGUGACUACCCUGCUUCUCAUACUCUGGGCCUCUCAACUCCUGCAGCAUCCCAGGGGCAGACACAUUGCACCGGCUGUAGAGAGGAUACCUUACAGCAAACAUGUUCCUACCAUCAUAGCCCCCCCCACAGCCCACAGGGGAGGAGGGGGUCAAAUGCCAAAAUUACGGCCUCCCCGCAACCCCAGUGAGCAUCCUGCAAGGAGAAAGAGGAGGCAUCUUCCCCCAGUGGCUUUCCUCAAGAUGUCAAAAACUGGUGGUAGCACCGUGCAGAACAUCCUGUUCCGGCUGGGGGAGAGGGAGAGUGUCACCUUCGCCUUCCCAUACUACACCUACCAGUUCAGCUACCCACGGAGGUUCCGUGCUGAGUUUGUAGAUGACUUGCCAGCGGGUUCCACACAGUAUGACAUUCUGUGCAGCCACAUGCGUCUGGAUAUGGGACAGCUGAGGCAGGUGAUGCCCCUGAACACAGUCUACCUGUCUUUGUUGCGGGACCCUGUUCACACCUUUGAGUCCGUGUUUAGCUACUACAUGUCCACUGUGCCAGCCUUCACGCUAGCCCAAAGAGCUGCUGCAUCCCACAGCAAGUCAGCACUUCAUGUCUUCUUGGAGGCCCCAGAAUCCUUCUGGGAUCCUGCAGAGCCCUGGAAUGGCUUGGCACGAAACCCUAUGAGCUUUGACCUGGGCCUCAACAACUGGGGCUGGAAUUCUUCAUGGGCAGAGGAUCUGGCACGCCUAGAUCAGAAAUUUCAGCUGAUCAUGGUGGCUGAGCAUUUUGAUGAGUCACUGGUCCUCCUAAAGGACCUCUUGCAGCUGGAUCUGGAGGAGCUGGCCUAUGUGCGCCUAAACACCCGCAGCGCAAAGGACGUUGUCAACCUGAGUGAAGAGAUGAGGGCCCGAAUUCGCUCCUGGAACAGCCUGGAUGUGCUGCUUUAUGACUUCUUCCUUCGGGCAUUCUGGGAAAAGGCUGAGCGAUACGGCAUGAACAGGUUGCGGAGAGAGGUGGCAGGACUGAGGGCAGUGGUGGAAGGCUUCAGGCGCAGGUGUCUGUCCAGGGAAGGGGUUCUGCCAGUGGAGCUAGGGGACUUGAUCAGGCCUUGGCAGUCUGACUCCGCUACCAUCCUGGGGUAUGAAUUACGGGGGAACCUGACAGACCCAGAGCAGGAAACCUGCUUGAGGCUUGUGCUGCCUGAGUUACAGUACCACUCAUACCUGUACUUCCAGCAGUAUGGUCGUGACAUGAGGUCUGUUCCUGAAGAGUAG